UUCUUAUACCCCAAAUCUCUGUUCAAAUAUGGCCAUUGAGAUCUAGCAGGAAAAAAACCAGUAAAAUCCCACAAAAUGUCUUCUCCUCCUCGGCUCAUCAUUCUUCAGCUCUCUUUGUUGCUGCUUUUCAUCAUAGCCCCACAAAGAUUAGAGGGGCAAUUAGAGGAGUGGUGCAUAGCGGAUGAACAAGUACCCGAUGAUGAGCUACAAAGAGCACUUGAUUGGGCUUGUGGGAAAGGAGGGGCAGAUUGCAGAAAGAUUCAAGUGAAACAGCCUUGUUUUUACCCCAACACUGUGAGGGACCAUGCUUCCUAUGCCUUCAACACUUACUACCAAAAGUUCAAGCACAAGGGAGCCACUUGCUACUUCAACUCAGCUGCCAUGGUCACUGCCCUUGAUCCUAGUCAUGGCUCAUGCAAGUUUGAGUAUGUGCCUUGAAGGAGGGAUCUUCAUAUCAUCAACUUGGCUUCUCUAGUUAUAAUUUUGACUUCUCAAACAUUUUUUUCCAGUUCCAAUAUCCAUGUUCUUGUACUUUGGUAUGUGUGAAAGCAUGUUAAAAAAAGAAGAAGAAGAAGAGCAUGUUUCCCCUUCAAUUUUUAAGUAGCUUCAAAAUCCUUUUUCGUAAUCAAUGAAUUAUUGGUGUCGAAUUUUUAUUU